UGCGUUGGGCGCGCACGGUAGCAGGCCGGGUGAUCGCCCGCGGCGCCGGGGGCAUGGGGGAGGAGCCAACCUGAGCACUGAUCAUGCGCCCGCGCGGUCCCGCGGCCCCGGCCGCGUCACUAGGCCGCUUUGGGCAAGGCACCAUCAAGCUCGCUCGCUCUUCCUUGCGAACAGGCAGGCCGACUGAUCUGAUUGUUCACGCGGCUGCCUUCCGACUUACCUGCCUACCUGCCUGCCUACCGUCACUGCGCCUGCCGCCUACCGCCUACCGCUGCCGCCUACCGCCUGCCCGCUUGCGUCCCUGCCUACCCUACCCUACCCUACCCGUCCCGUCUCGUCACACACACACACGCUCGCAGACCCUCGAUAGGUCGUCUCGUCUCGUCUCGCUUCGCUUCGGCGAGCACCCCAUCCAUUUCCAUGGCAUGGCACGCGGCUGGCGCGGUAGUGAUGGUGGUAGCGGUAGCGGCAGCGAUACUCCUAGUGAUGGCAGCACCUAUCUACCUACCCUUGUCCUUGAUGCUUUGUGCUUUGGUUCGUUCUCUUCGGUUUAUUACCUAGCACACACACACACUUGCACGUUUACAUUCACGUUCACGUUCACGCGCGCAUCAUCACUACCACCACUGCUACUGCCCCUUCGUCUUUUGUCUGUCUGUCUGGCUGGCUGGCUGUCACGAGCGUUUGAUUGAUUGAUUGGUUGCGAUUAGCAACUGCUGCAGCAGCAGUUUCAUGUAUCAGUUAUCGGGUAUCUGCUAUAGUGAGUGAGCAUUUUAUUA